ACCUUAGGACACCAUUAUGAGCAACUUUGGGCAAAUCUUGAAGGAGAUCGGGGAAUUUGGCUUCUUUCAGAAACGCUUGGUGGCUGCAUUAUGCAUCCCCAGCGUAUUUCUGGCGUUUGAUGUGAUCGGCCAGGUGUUUACAGGUAUGAACUUUCCGCACCAGUGUAACACCAACUGGAUCUUGGAGCGGGGACCCAACCUGACUGAUGAAAGACAAAGAAACCUCACCAUACCCACUAACAGAGAGGGAAAGUUUGAAAGCUGUAAAAUGUUCACACCUGUAAGUUUGGACCUGGAAACCAUUGAAAGGUACGGACUGAAUGAAACAACGGGAUGCAUAAAUGGAUCGGUUUUUGAGAUGCCUAAUUUUGCCUCCAGCAUUGUGACAGAGUUUAACCUUGUGUGCGACAGAAGCAGUUUCAUUGAGGCAUCUCAGUCUAUUUACAUGGCCGGUCUUCUGGUUGGAGCUUUUGUUCUGGGACAGAUGGCUGACAGGUUUGGCCGACGUUUUGUGGUCCUGCUGUCGCUCCUCAUCUUGUUUGUGUUUGGAGUAGGACUCAGUUUCUCACCCAACAUCUAUGUUUACAUUGCUCUCAAAUUUGUUUGUGGCUUCUCAACAUCUGGAAUUGUUGGAAAUGCCUUUGUCAUUGGCGGAGAAUGGAGUGAUUCUUCAAAGUUUGCUCUCUGCACCAUCAUCUGCCAUGCAUUUUUUCCUCUUGGACUGAUGAUACUUUCUGGAAUUGCUUUUUUCAUCCGUAACUGGAGGAUCUUGCAGAUGGUGCUCUUCAGCCCUCUUAUCCUCGUACUAGGACUCUUCUACUGGAUUCUCCCAGAGUCGGCUCGCUGGCUCAUUACACAGGGCAGAAAGGAGGAGGCUAUAAAGGAAGUACGAAGAGCCGCUAAAGUGAACAAGAGAAAAGUGCCAGAGGAGCUGCUAGAGAAACUGGAUGGCAUGGGCGCAAACAAAAAGGGAACCAUGCUGGACAUCUUCAGGUUAUCAUAUUUGAGAAAACGGGCUCUCAUAAUGAGCACUGUCUGGUUUGCGACAAGUCUGAUGUACUAUGGACUAAGUCUCAAUGUUGGCAACUUUGGUCUGGACAUUUACCUCACACAGUUCAUCUUUGGGUUAGUGGAGGUUCCUGCUCGUGUAGGUAUUUUGCCAUUCUUACAGUAUUUUGGAAGGAAAAUUUGCCAAGGAGCAGUCUUGUUGUUUGGAGGUGUUGCUUGCCUUGGCAUCCUUGUUAUACCAAAAGGUAAAAAUCUUGACUUGAAAUGUUCUAUUUUAAAAAAAAUCACAAUUAUCCUUCUUUAUUUUUUGCUACUAGGUCUUUUGAUGGUUAUGGUUAUAAAAAGUCCAGCCCUCAUUACAGAAAUGCAAUUUGUUUGCUCAUCAGAUCUUCCUGUCGUGAUCACAGUUAUAGCCGUUCUGGGUAAAUUUGCUGCCACUGCAAGUUUUGCCACAGUUUACGUUUAUACAGCAGAGCUCUACCCCACCAUUCUCAGGCAGAACGGCGUGGGUCUGAACUCCAUGUGUGCUCGAGUGGCAGGAAUCCUUGCUCCCCUGAUCCGUCUCUUGGAUGUUUACCAUUAUACCAUCCCCAUGUUGAUUUAUGGCAUCGUCCCCAUCGUGACUGGAGGUCUCUGUGUGCUUCUACCUGAAACUCGCAACGCCGAGCUGCAGGACCUUGCUGAAAACAAAAAAUUAUCUGAUGAAAUCACAGAGAAGGGAUCCUGUACUCAAGAAGAUAAAGAAGAAAAGAGUACAAAAUUGUGAUUGUUUCGGAGGUUACUGACAUUAUGACUAUCUGAUUUAGGAGUUAUGUGUUUUUAUAGAGUUAACUGUAGAGUUUAUCAUUUGAAUUAUGUGUCACAUUUUAUUCGUUGUUACAAUCUUAAUUUUUUUGACAGUACAAA